UGAGAACGUGAUCAGCGGGAAAAGAUUAGCCUACAUGUGUAGAAAACAAGCUGUGUAUAGACAGAGGGUAUGACUCCGCCUAUUGAUCAAAGACCAUCCUCCUCCCUUUUGUCUUUUCUUCGGUUUGUUAACUUCUCUAAAAGCCGCGUGGACUUCGGGCGAGCCACCCAAACCUUUUGGCUGGCCUUCAUUUUAUUUCGUGGCUUUGGGCGCAUCCGGAUUGACACAGUCCACAAACAAACAGAGAAGAGACUUCCCCCCUCUAUUUUUUUCUAAGAAGUUCUGUUUCAUGGAGUCUUUGUGGAAAUCAUUUAUUGUCAUCACAGCAGCGAGGUCUGGAUCCAUAUCACUGCACCAUCAUAACAAAGUUACUACAUGAUGAGCAGCCAGCAGACUCUCAUUGACCCAGUGUUUCGAAGCAAGAUGCCAUUAUUUGACGGGACCAUAGCAUCCACAGGACUGUCAAAACCACAAAAUAUGUCUGAUUUCCUCGGUAAGCAGGCACUGCAGUACAGUGGGUCCUACUUCACUUAUGAUCCCAGAGGAAAGGAUGGAGCACGGUUCACUCCUCCUUGUAGCAACUCAAAGACCUCUCUGCUGGAUGGUAGAAGUCCUGUGAGUCACCUCUCUGGCAUGGAGGGACAAAACCACAUAAUUUACAGGCAAGACAGCAGUUCUCCAGAGGAAGGCCAUUCUCAUUCUUCCCCUCUGCAUCACGCCCCAGUAAAAGGCUUUACAUUUUACACUAAAAGUCCUGGGAUCACCAGUCCUACAGCUGCUACAUUAGUGACUGAACAAAGAACUGGAGGUGACAAUUCAUCUCCCUCAUCAGAAAACUCUGUUUACCUAGCGAUUCCUAAACCAGUUUAUGGACAUAACCCCUGCUGUAAUGAACUGGGUUGUGUGAUAGGACAACGAUACAGUCUGGAACACGGCUCUCCGAGGAUACCAAACACUGUAUAUAAGCAUGACUGGAUGCAAACUGAUGCUCACUACACUGAAAGAACGCCUAUUCAGAGAAAAGCACAAGACGCACUGCUGCAACAGAGAGGUUUACAGUUUGAGGCCAGUGCAGAACCAAUGAAGAGGAUACCUGUGGAGACAUACAGCCCAGGUAGAACAAGGACUUUGCCUGCUAUCAUUGAGCCAAACUACAGCAGUUACCCCUGCACCCUGACUCACUCACUUUUUGGUUCUUUAAGUGAGCAGAGGCAGCAUUUACAGACUUCCCCCAGAGGCUACCCUAGUUUAUACCCCUCCCAUCCUACAUAUGAGCAUAUGACCUCAGAGGUUUAUCAGGAACAUUCUCCCAUGUCCAAAUAUGGCCAGCUAACACAGCACCCGAGGUUUUACUACCCCCAAGCAAAUGUGGAGGUAGAAAACAGGACACAGUGUAAAGAUAUUGGCGGUAAACAGAGAGAAGACAUCCCUCUUAAACACACAGUCUCAAACCCCAGGGAGCAUUACCUAGUGCCUCACUCUCUUCAUGGUGAAAUUCCUUUGCCAAGCAGUGAAAGGUUGCCAAAUCAUUCCUUUAUGCGGGGGUUUGACUAUCCGUGUUAUGCAGUUCCUAGAUUUCAUUUAAACGCAAGCCAAAUCAGAGCCCCCCUAAAAAGGCAACAUGCAUCGCCCAUCUUGCACUCGAAUCGUAUAAAUGUUUCCUCAUCCAGCCAUUACACGGAUCACCGCAUGGCCUUGGCAACCAACCUACAUAAGGACAAACCCAGCGGCAGCCUACAUGUUGACCAAUCACUCCCCAACUCACCAUUCUUACGUGUGGACCAAACCAGUCCUACCAGAUGCAUAAGUCAACCUGGCGUCUCACCAUCCAGCAUACAGAUGAACAGAUUUUUUCACCCUCUCACCAGCUUGCACAUUGACCGACCUGUCCUUCCACCAACUGGUUUGAACAUGGACAGACUCCUGGACUAUUCCUCCUGUGAAGCCCAGGUUAAGUUCCAGUCGAAAGGACUUCCUAUUUCUCCAGCAGCAUGGCUGCCCCGGUCACCUCAUCACAGCUCAGAUCGAAUCCACACAGCUGUACCCAAUAGUUCAAAUGUCCGCAAAAUUAUUUAUUCCCCUGAUGUUGCAUCGGGAGAUAAACACAACAGCUCCGUGUCCACUUCAGGCACCGGUGUCCUUAAAGGGUGCCUGAAGAGAAGUAAUUCUCAUUUAUCUUCACCCAUCAAAAUACAAGAUGAGGAUAGGGAUUUAUGUGAAGUGGAACUAGUUAAGAAAAGACAAAAGGUGGAAAUGGAGAACAUACAUGUGGGAAAGAAAACUGACUUUCCUCCCAUGCCAGUUAUUGACAAUGUCUUCAGUCUAGCACCUUACCAAGCAUAUCUGCAGGCCUCUGGAGUGUUAUUUCCAGGCAGAGUACCUCAGAAAACCCCUAUCCAGUUGUCCGAGAACCAUGAAGUCAAAACCAAGCCAGACAUCAAAGAGAAAAGGCCAGAUUGGGAUGAAGAGCAGCCUGCUAUCUGUCUAGUUUCCAAGAAAAUCUGUGCAGAUACUCCAACUGAGAAGCCUGUUGAGAAAAUCUUUGAACCUAAAAAUGUUAAAGUGGAAAAAGAAGAUCCAUCAGACAUAGACAACUGUGCAGAGACUGUCAGUCAGAGAGACUGCUGCAAAGUAACAGUCAAAAAAGAGCCUGAAGAGAACGGUUCAUCCAGCAGGGGGCCCAUGUUGGUGAUAAAGAAAUGUGAACCUGAUGAACUUGAAAGUAAACCCUCAUUAGAAAACGAGACUGCAGGCGAGUCCAAACCUGGUGAAGAGACUGCACAGAUGAACUCAUCUUCUCGGGUUGAUACUUGGAGACUGCACGAACAAAAGGUCACACUUCAACCCAAAUCCAUUACUCCACCUCAACCACCCGAGAGCAAACUAAAUUUCAAAAACAUCCCUCCUCAGUGUCUUAAACUUUCCACCAACACCUACAAAAUCCUUCUCCCUGAUACAAAGCUUUCCAUCCCUGUUGCACCCCCAGAGAAAUCACCUGUACAGCGGAUUACUGAAUUUACGCCAAAACUAGAGCUCCAAAUGCCAGUCCGCAAGCACUUCUUUGAGCUGCACAAUUCCCUCUGCAAACUAGUAUCCAAAUCUGUGUCGGCCUCUUCAGAGCAGGAGCUCAGAACCUGGCUGACUCAGUUGGAAUUGGCUGAACCUGCAUCUCCGUCAACCAAAGUCCAGAAGGUGUCUUGUCUGUUGGGGAUAAAAGCCAGAGAGGCGUGGCUUAAUGAGGAGAUGAAGUCGGCACUCCAUAAGGUCCUCGAGAGGUUGCGAGAGUACACUGUCCAGGAACGCUGUCCUUUUCCGCACGUCAUGCGGACAGGGGCAGUGUUUCUCCCCAUGCUGGUGGUGAAGGUGCUGCUGUUUCCGACGGUCCUGGGCAGCUUCAUCGACCAGGUCCUGCAGGAGCACAAGGUGGAGCUGCGGCCCACCACGCUCUCCGAGGAAAAGAUCCUCAUCCAGCUUCACAAACGAGCCUGUUCCUCCAGGCUUAGGAGACUGAUGUCCCUCAAACACCUGCCCAACAUCUACGCCGACGUGGUCAACCUUUUGUAUUACACCUGUGUCUGCAAACAUCUGGGAUUAGAUAUGGACGAUAUGGAUCCUGAAAACAGAGAAAAAGACGAAGGUUGUGAGGAGACUAUCAGAUCCAGGACUCCUAUAUUUUCAAACAUCGCUGCCUCACCCUCAGACUCACACCCACAGAGACAUCCGAAGGACCAGAAAUCAAAUUUCAACAGGAAUAAAACAAAAAGCAGGGUGAAGAGCGGUUCAAGGCAUAUGUUUCUGGACAACAGUUUAUCAGAUGAGGAAGAGGCAGAUGACAGAGAAAAGGCUGUAAGUGGAGGUGUACUGAAUGCAUUAAGUGAGAAAAUCUGCAGUGGCCAUCAGUCUGAAGGGACUGAGAAUAGAGGAAGUGACGGUACGGUUACAGAACAGGAUUCUUCACUCAUUUUGCUGAACACAACUUUUGAGAAUUCAUGGACAUGUCCUUUAACCUUGGACGACCUUUCUCAAUCUCCCAGUGACACAGAAACGGAGGAAUCCUCUAGUCCGCAGCCUGCUAGUCAGCUCUCAAGACCAGCCAAAUCUCCGGUUAGAGCCAGCAACUGUUCAGGUGUGAUUCUCAAACUGAGGAGGAUGUUUAGUGAAGGUGAAUUGAAGGUGAACAGAAAAAAGGCCCGCUACCAAGCAAUCUUAGACUCUGGAACAUUUAUUGAUCCUUCCCUCUCACAGACUGAUGAUGGGGAGGGAAAACAGAGCAGCAAGAGGGACCUUCAAAGGAGGACGCCCAAAGUAACCCACAGGUGGCAGAGAACAGGAAGCUUCGCUCACGCCUUAAGACCCCUUACCAGCUCUUCGAAAAGAAAACACAGAUCACUUUUAAAGAUCAAAUACUGUCCCUACUUGUCUGCCUGCCACAGCGCCGAACACAGGAGGCGAUGGGUCCUGCGCUCGGCAGUCCAGAGGGCUCAGAGGGCCAUGAGGUUCUACUACCCAGACCUGGUGGGAAAGAGGAUUCGCCAUCUGUAUGAAGAAGAUGACAAAUCAGAAGUGUGGUACAGAGGAGAAGUGCUGCGGAUCCAUGAGGCCCACAGCAACCCUCUAAAGACUAUAUUUGAGGUAAGGUAUGACAGCGAGCCAGAGUGGAAGUACUACCUGGAGCUGCUGAUAGACUAUAAAAAAGGUUGGCUCAAGAUUGAAGACUAGUUUCCCCACACAGUCUUCAGUGUGUCAGUUUUGUUUUUGGUCAAGUCACUGAGUGCUGCAAUGACGUCUUUUAAUCAGUUAUUCAAGUGUUUUUUGUUUUACUUGCCAAUAACUGUCUGACCUCCUCAGGAAUGAAGCUGGACUAGAUAUUUUUUUGCAAUGAGGUCAGCUAAACAUUCGUUGUCACUUGAGAGCUAUAGGAAUUGCAAUUCUAAGGGACUGACCCCAGCCAAUUUUAAAAGCUCUUUUUGUCUUUGACGCAUCAAUCAAGACUUUUCUGGUUUGUUUCCAAAUUACACUGCGGUAUUGUGAACAACAUGCGACGACCUUGCUUAACUUAAAAAACUUACCAAAAAAGUGCCCCUUUUAGGUUUUUUAAACUUUAAUUCUAAGCUAUUUUUAUGUCAUUAUCCAGUAAUCUGGUUUAAAAAUAAAAUUAUAAUUCUGAGUGAAGUUAGUGAUUAUUAGUUUGUAGUUUUUCUUGUUUUUGCUAGUAAGAAAAAGGAAACCAGCAAAUGACAUGAAGACAUUUUAAAAAGGGUUUCCUUAUCCUACAGCACCAGCCACGUGUGUGUGUGUGUAUGUAUGUGUAUAGGUACAAUAAGAGUGCCAGUCAUGUAUGUCAUUAUAGCAGAGUGAUUUUUUUUUUUACCCUGAUAUUUGUGGAUGUUUUUUGUGUGAAGCUGGACAAGAAUUAAUGUAGUUCUGUACCAAGCUGCACCAUGGCAUAGUGUUCUUAUUACUGUCAACCUUAAGACCUACACCUCAAAUUGUAUUUUGUUUCAAUUUUUAUAAUUUUCUUCUGCAGAUAGAAGUGAAACAUUCUCACUGUUGUCUUAAAUAAAUGUUUGUAAUGAUUCCAUG